CUUAUAAAAGGUCCAGCUCCCAGCUGCCCAGUACACUUGUCAGCAGUGUCAGCGAGCGCUCAACUUCCUUUGGUGAAGUGGAUUUACUUGAACUUGAAGGAAGGGGAAAAAAUGUCUCCACUUCUGAAAAGCAUCUUGGAUAUCACUGAAAUUUUCAAUCAAUAUGCCUUACAUGAUUGUGAUGGGGCAGCACUAAGCAAGAAAGACCUGAAGAACCUCCUUGAAAGGGAAUUUGGAGAUGUCCUUCGGAGGCCACAUGACCCUGAGACAGUAGAUCUGAUCCUGGAACUUCUGGAUCGCGACUGUAACGGGCUCGUCGAUUUCAAUGAAUUCCUCCUGUUCGUUUUCAAGGUGGCUCAAGCUUGUUAUUACGCUCUCAGCCAGGUUUCCGGGCUGGAUGAGAAGGGGGUCAGGUGUGAGGGAAAGAAGAACCCGUUACAAGAUCCCAGACAAGAAGACCAGAGAUUUGAGCCCCGGGACAGACAACUGGAAGAACACAGGCAGAAAAGGCAGGAACUGGAGAGGGAGCUCGCAGAGGAAGACAAGCAGCGGCUGCAGAGGCGACAACCGGAAGAGCGCCUGGAGGAGGAAGAGCAGCUGAAGAGGCGCAAGGGUCGGGAGCCUGAGGAAUUUCCUGACCGAAAGCAAAGGCAAGAGAGGCGAGAGCAGCGCGAGCUCCGGGAAGAAGAGGCGCAGUUGCAAAGGCAGAAGCGGGAGCAGGAGGAGCCGCGGUUGCAGCAGGAGCUGAGGCGCGAGGAGCAGGAGAGACGCGAGCAGAUAGAGAGGCGCGAGCAGCAGCUUAGGCGCGGGGAGCCGCGCUUAGAGCAGGAGCUGAGGCGCGAGCAAGAGAGGCGCGAGCAGCAGGAGAGACGCGAGCAGGAACUGAGGCGCGAGCAGAGGCUGAGGCGAGAGCAGCAGCUUAGGCGCGGGGAGCCGCGCUUAGAGCAGGAGCUAAGGCGCGAGCAAGAGAGGCGCGAGCAGCAGGAGAGACGCGAGCAGGAACUGAGGAGCGAGGAGUUGCUCUUUGAACAGGAGCUGAGGCGCGAACAGAAGAGGCGUGAGCAGGAGCUGAGACGCGAGCAGAGGCUGAGGCGUGAGGAGCCGCGCUUAGAGCAGGAGUUGAGGCGCGAGCAGGAGAGACGCGAGCAAGAGCUGAGGCGCGAGGAGUUGCUCUUUGAACAGGAGCUGAGGCGCGAGCAGGAGAGACGCGAGCAAGAGCUGAGGCGCGAGGAGUUGCCCUUUGAACAGGAGCUGAGGCGCGAGCAGGAGCUGAGACGCGAGCAGCGGCUGAGGCGCGAGGAGCCGCGCUUGGAGCAGGAACUCAGGCGCGAGCAGGAGGAGAGGCGUGAGCAGGAGGAAAGACGCGAGCAGGAGGAAAGGCGCGAGCAGGAGCUCAGGCGCGAGCAGGAGGAGAGGCGCGAGCAGGAGCUGAGGCGCGAGGAGCCCCGCGUGGAGCAGGAGCUCAGGCGCGAGCAAGAGCUCAGGCGCGAGCAGGAGGAGAGGCGCGAGCAGGAGCUGAGGCGCGAGGAGCCGCGCUUGGAGCAGGAGCUGAGGCGCGAGCAGCGGCUGAGGCGAGAGGAGACGCGCUUGAAGCAGGAGCUCAGGUGCGAGCGAGAGCUCAGGCGCGAGCGAGAGCUCAGGCGCGAGCAGGAGGAGAGGCGCGACCAGGAGCUGAGGCGCGAGCAGGAGGAGCCGCGCUUGGAGCAGGAGCUGAGGCGCGAGCAGCGGCUGAGGCGAGAGGAGACGCGCUUGGAGCAGGAGCUGAGGCGCGAGCAGGAGGAGAGGCGCGAGCAGGAGCUGAGGCGCGAGCAGCAGGACAGACGCGAGCAGGAGCUGAGGCGGGAGCAGGAGGAGAGGCUCCAGCAGGAGCUGAGGCACGAGCAGCAGCCUGCUGAGGAGGAGGUGGAGGCCCGUGAGCGGGGCAAGAGCCGCACCUCAAGGUGGCAGUGGCAGCUAGAAAGCGAGGCCGACGCCCGUCAGAGCAAGGUCUACUCCAGGCCCCGCAGGCAGGAGCAGCAGAGGCAACGCCAGGAACGCGAAGAGAAGAGACAGCGCCUGGAGCUCGAGCGGCAACUGCGGGAGGAGGACGCCGAGUGGCCAAGCCGGUCCGGGUCCCUCCGGGAGGAGCGCGAGCAGCGGCUGCUCCGAGAGGAGCAGGCACGCCUGCAGGAGGAGGAAGAGCAGCGCCGAGACUUCAAAUGGCAGUGGCAGGCGGAGGAAGAGAGCGAGAGGCGCCGCCAGAGGUUCUCCGCCCGGCCCCAGUUGCGGGAGCAGCAGGAGAGGCAGCUGAGGGCGGAGGAACUGCAGGAUGGGGAACUGCUGCGUGAGGAGGAAGAGCAGCGCCGCCAACGACUCGAGAGGGAGCGGGAGCAGCAGAUCCUCGAGGAGGAGAAGCAGCUCCGAUUGGAGCAGAGCCUCCAAGAGGAUCAGGAGAGGAAGCUACGCCGGGAGGAGCAGCGCCGUGACCAAAAAUGGAGGUGGCAACCAGAAGAGGAAAGCCAGAGACGCCGCCACACAGUCUACGCCAAGCCAACUCAACGAGAGCCGCUGAGGGAGGAAGAGCAGCUGCAGCGAGAGGAACUCAAGACGAGGAGGCGCCAGGAGCUGGAGAGACAAUACCGGGAGGAAGAGCCGCUGAGGGAGGAAGAGCAGCUACUAAGAGAUCGGAGGCGCCAGCAGCGCGGCAGGCAGUAUCUGGAAGAGGAAGAGCUGCAGCGCCUGGACAGAAAGAGGCAAUUCCAGGAUGAGGAUCAGAGCCGCGAUCUGAAAUGGCAGUGGCAACCAGAAAAAGAAAAUGAAGUUCGUAAUCACAGGGUUUACUCCAAACGCAAAGUGAACGAAGAAAGGAUCCGGCAAUUCGAAGAUUCCCAGGUUCGAGAUAGACCAUUCCGGCAGAAUCGGUGGCUCCUGCAGGAUGAACGGGAUGAGGAGAGAGCGCGAGACAAAGAGAGGACCCGGCAGCAGCGCGACAUGCAAUUCCCAGCUGAGGAACUGCUGGAGCAAGAAGAGCAAAAGGAAGCCAAAAGGCGAGACAGGAAGUUCGGCGAGGAGGAACAGCAGCAGCGCCGCCGGGAACGUGAGCAACAGCUUCGCCAGGAGCGCGACAGAAGGUUCCGUGAGGAGGAACAGCUCCUGCAGGAAAGGGAAGAACAGCUGCGCCGCCGGGAGCGCGACAGAAAGUUCCGCGAGGAGGAACAGCUCCUGCAAGAAAGGGAAGAACAGCUGCGCCGCCGGGAGCGCGACAGAAAGUUCCACGAGGAGGAACAGCUCCUGCAAGAAAGGGAAGAACAGCUGCGCCGCCGGGAGCCCGACAGAAAGUUCCGCGAGGAGGAACAGCUCCUGCAGGAAAGGGAAGAACAACUGCGCCGCCAGGAGCGCGACAGAAACUUCCCCGAGGAGGAAUUGCUGCGCCGCCAGGAGCGCGACAGAAAGUUCCGCGAGGAGGAAGAGCUGCGCCGCCAGGAGCGCGACAGAAAGUUCCGUGAGGAAGAACAGCUCCUGCAGGAAAGGGAAGAACAGCUGCGCCGCCAGGAGCGCGACAGAAACUUCCCCGAGGAGGAAUUGCUGCGCCGCCAGGAGCGCGACAGAAAGUUCCGCGAGGAGGAAGAGCUGCGCCGCCAGGAGCGCGACAGAAAGUUCCGUGAGGAAGAACAGCUCCUGCAGGAAAGGGAAGAACAGCUGCGCCGCCAGGAGCGUGACAAAAAGUUCCGCGAGGAGGAAUUGAUGCGCCGCCAGGAGCGCGACAGAAACUUCCGUGAGGAGGAACAGCUCCUGCAGGAAAGGGAAGAACAGCUGCGCCGCCAGGAGCGCGACAGAAAGUUCCGUGAGGAGGAACAGCUCCUGCAGGAAAGGGAACAGCUGCGUCGCCAGGAGCGCGACAGAAAGUUCCGCGAGGAGGAAGAGCUGCGCCGCCAAGAGAGCGACAGAAAGUUCCGUGAGGAAGAACAGCUCCUGCAGGAAAGGGAAGAACAGCUGCGCCGCCAAGAGCGCUACAGAAAGUUCCGCGAGGAGGAAGAGCUGCGCCGCCAGGAGCGCGACAGAAAGUUCCGCGAGGAGGAAGAGCUGCGCCGCCAGGAGCGCGACAGAAAGUUCCGUGAGGAAGAACAGCUCCUGCAGGAAAGGGAAGAACAGCUGCGCCGCCAGGAGCGUGACAAAAAGUUCCGCGAGGAGGAAUUGAUGCGCCGCCAGGAGCGCGACAGAAACUUCCGUGAGGAGGAACAGCUCCUGCAGGAAAGGGAAGAACAGCUGCGCCGCCAGGAGCGCGACAGAAAGUUCCGUGAGGAGGAACAGCUCCUGCAGGAAAGGGAACAGCUGCGUCGCCAGGAGCGCGACAGAAAGUUCCGCGAGGAGGAAGAGCUGCGCCGCCAAGAGAGCGACAGAAAGUUCCGUGAGGAAGAACAGCUCCUGCAGGAAAGGGAAGAACAGCUGCGCCGCCAAGAGCGCUACAGAAAGUUCCGCGAGGAGGAAGAGCUGCGCCGCCAGGAGCGCGACAGAAAGUUCCGUGAAGAGGAACCGUUCCCACAGGAAAGGGAACAGCUGCGUCGCCAGGAGCGCGACAGAAAGUUCCGUGAGGAGGAACAGCUCCGGCAGGAAAGGGAAGAAGAGCUGCGCCUCCAGGAGCGCGACAGAAAGUUCCUCGAGGAGGAAGACUUGCGCCGCCAGGAACGCGACAGAAAGUUCCGGGAGGGGGAACAGAGGCUGCGCCGCCGCCGAGGACUAGAUGGUACCCUCUCUCAGGAGGAGCAACUGAAGGGUGCUGAGCAAGAGCAAGAGCAGAGCGUCCAGCAGGAGAGAGAAGAAAAGCGACACCGACAGGAGCAGGACAGGCAGUUCCUCGAGGAAGAAGAGCAACUGCCACGCGAAGAGCAGGAAGAGCUGAGGCGCCGGCAGGAGCGAGGCCAGCAGUACCGCGUGGAGGAGCAGUUUGCCAGGGAGAAGAGGCGCCGUCAGGAACAAGAACUUCGGCAAGAAGAGCAAAGACGCCGCCAGCGGGAGGAGGAACGAAGGCACCGCGGGCAAGUCUGGGAAGACGGAGACAGGGGCCGUCGGCAGACUCUGGAGCCAGGCAAGAGUCAGUUUGCCAGUGUCCCGGUGCGCUCCAGCCCUCUCUAUGAAUAUAUCCAAGAGCAGAGAUCUCAGUACCGCCCUUAAGAGAUGCUGCCAAUAUCCUGACACCUGCCAAAGCUUCCAGCAAAGGAAAAAGAAACACUGGAUACCAAAUGACUCAAAUGUUUCUGGUUGUGGGAGAACUCUCUGAUGUUCCAAAAUCUUUUUUUUCCAAAAUCUUAAACUACACUCAUUUCAUGUACCUUGUACUCUUGCCUUUUAUUCUUCCUCAAGUAGUUCUUUACUGCAGGGUGUCUUUGCUCUUUGGUGCAGAUGUGGUGUGCAAUUUUUAAAAAUCUAAAUCAUUUAAUUUGUUUAAGGAGUUUUGUUUCGGGAACGUUUAUUGCUUUCGAAUAACAAGAAUAACAAUGAUUUAAGAUUCAAAAGAAUUGGGUCUGUUUUUUUCAAUGGUUGAUUCAUCUUAUGGAGAGUUUAGAUAUUUUUUAUGUUCCAGUUGGCAUUUUUUUUCUUGAGCCUAAAUUACACUAAUAUUUACCUCCAAAUAGACUCUCAUUUUUUGGCAUAAUUAACACAGAUUCUGCAAGGGGGCUGAAUUUUUACAAGCCUUGAAUACCGAAGGGCAGGGGAGGAGGAGGGAGUGACUUCUACAGAAAAAUUCCCUGUGAAAUCAGCCCCUAACUGGAAGAAAUCUGAAGAUUUAGCUUCAAAACCUAGAAUUUGAAUUUGAUUUUUUUCAUACUUGAUAAGCACUUAAAAUCUCCUGAGCCAAAAGCAAGGUAUUUCCCAAAAAACUCCAGAGCUCAAAAUUUAAAACUGUCUACUGUAGUCUGUAGUGUUCAGUUCUUUUCCCCCAAUCUUUGAUGAAUUUGAGAAUAUUCCUACCUUUGUUCAUUUUAACUGAGAGAGAACCUGCUCAAGAUCCUGUAAACAUCUAUUUCACUCUAGAGUCAAAAGGAGAUCAAAGCAUUUUCGGGGAAGGAAAGGGAAAAAUUUGUGAACAGAAGGGCAAGUUCCCAGAAGCCCUUAGAUGAGACCCAUCAGCUCACAAUCCUUUGAGACCUAUUGAUACUACCUUGGAGACAUUCUUGUUGAAAUGAUUGGACUGUGUAAAAAAUAAAUGUUUGGCAAACAA